UCGUCUCUCCGCGAAUCAUCAUCAUCGUCGGCCGCCGAAUUCUCUCGACCGCUUCUGCCCCUUCUGAUCGUCCUCCGCGCUUCGCCCGACCACCGAAGGCCCUCGCGACCGCGAUCCUCCGGCGAGAUACAGCGGAGAGAGAGGGAUGUAUCCGCCGCCGCCGCCGAUGAUGCUGGUGAACUGCUCCGGCUGCCGCACCGCGCUGCAGCUCCCGCCGGGGGCCAGAUCCAUCCGCUGCGCCAUCUGCCAAGCCGUCACGAACAUCGCCGAUCCCCGCGCGGCCCCUCCCGCCGCGGCGCCCCACGCGGCCGCGCUGCACCCGCCCCCGCCGGCGCCGGCGCCGGCGCCCUCGCCCUACGGCCACGCGCCGCCGGGGCCGCCGAGCCCGCACGGGCGGAAGAGGGCGGUGAUCUGCGGGAUAUCGUACAAGUACUCGAGGCACGAGCUCAAGGGGUGCCUCAACGACGCCAAGUGCAUGCGGUUCUUGCUCAUGAACAAGUUCCAUUUCCCUCAGGAGUCCAUUCUCAUGCUUACAGAAGAAGAAACCGACCCUUACAGACGUCCAACCAAACAAAACAUGAGGAUGGCAUUAUAUUGGCUAGUACAAGGCUGUCAACCUGGAGAUUCCCUUUUAUUCCAUUACUCUGGUCAUGGUUCGCGGCAAAGAAACUAUAAUGGUGAUGAAGUUGAUGGUUAUGAUGAAACAUUGUGUCCCCUUGACUUUGAAACCCAGGGUAUGAUUGUCGAUGAUGAGAUUAAUGCAACAAUUGUGAGACCUCUUCCUCAUGGUGUUAAGCUUCAUGCGAUAAUAGACGCUUGCCAUAGUGGCACUGUACUUGAUUUACCAUACCUUUGCCGAAUGGACAGGAGUGGCCGUUACAUAUGGGAGGACCAUCGCCCUCGAUCUGGUAUUUACAAGGGAACAAAUGGUGGAGAAGUCAUUUCAUUCAGUGGCUGCGAUGAUGACCAAACUUCAGCGGACACAUCUGCUUUGUCACAGGUUACAUCAACUGGAGCUAUGACCUUCUGCUUCAUCCAAGCGAUUGAGCGUGGACAUGGAUCUACAUAUGGUAGCAUACUAAGUUCCAUGCGUGCCACUAUACGAAAUACAGGAAAUGAUGGUGGUGUUGGUGUUGGUGGUGGUGUUGUGACAUCUUUGAUUACCAUGCUUGUGACUGGUGGUAGUCUUGUUGGCGGGCUAAGACAGGAACCGCAAUUAACUGCCUGCCAGACGUUUGACGUGUACACAAAACCUUUCUCCCUAUGAAGUCAGCAAGUACAUUGUUUGCCAUCUUUGUAUUUUCGUUGCCAUAGGUUCAGUACAGUUAAAACGCAGUAAGUACAAUACAGAGGGACUGAGAGGGCAUGGGUUUCUACUUGUGAAAUGUUAUUUCUAGCCUGCUCGUCGGAUUGAUUGAUUGUAUUGCUGAAGCAAUAUAUGUUCUUGUUGGUAAGUUAAUUGUAGUGAUUACUUGAGCAUGUGAACUUUGUGCUGCCUUCUAUAGAAUAUGAUUUGAGCUAACAUACUGAAAAGCUCGGCCCGAGUACAAGGACUACUGUGGAGUAUGGGAGUACACCUGUUCGAGGCCUUGGCAGCCUCUAGGCCAGUCCUGGCAUGAAGUGCGAAUGCGUGGGCUUGGAGAUCAUCUCAAAUUGAAAAGCUCAGCCUAGCCGAAGAGGAAUUCAUAGUCUGAAAGAUCCUAGCGUUCGUGCUUUAGUGGGUCUCCAAGAUCCUUUUAAUAACUUGUGCUGUGCUGUAGGGAUAUAUUAUACCUAAGCCUGCAGUGGGCGUGCGUACGCUUGAGAGUACAUAUGUAAUAAUUGAUCUUGUCUGA